AAAGAAAGAAGAAAGAAGAAAGAGAGAAGAAAAAGAAUAUUGUUUUUAUCCCGCACUUGGCUUGGCGAAGCAGAUGAUCUGAAACAGCAGAAGCGAAGUCGCUGUCGUACCCAAUCGAGAUCGAGUCGAGAGAGAGAACAUCGAAAGGUUCGCCAUGGGCGACGAAGGUCCCAAGCUCUACGCCAACAAGCCCAAGAAAGCGCAGCUGAAGCAGAGCGCGAAGGAGUUCGCCCCGCCGCCGCCGUCGUCGUCGGCCGCGGCGUCGUACACGAUGGGGUCGCAGCCUCCGCCCCCGCCGCCGCCCCCCAAGGAGUCCUUCGCCCGCCGCUAUAAGUUCCUCUGGCCCCUGCUCUUGACUGUCAAUCUCGCCGUUGGAGCUUACCUGUUCAUGAGGACCAGCAAGAAGGACCAAACCAUAACAGAGGAAGAAGAUUCCAAAGCUGUAUCCUCAACCCCAGUGCCAACUACAGUGACCACGACUAUUGCUGCUACUGAGAAACCUGUACCAAUCAUCGCAGAGCCUGUGAAACCACGAGAGCCAAUUCCAGAGGAUCGACAACGUGAACUCUUCAAGUGGAUACUGGAGGAGAAGAGGAAGCUCAAACCUAGAGAUCGUGAAGAAAGGAAGCGCCUUGAUGAGGAGAAAGCCAUUCUCAAACAAUUCAUUCGUGCAAAGUCUCUUCCACCUGUUUAAUGGAUCGCCUUGCUACUCAUCAUGCCAUGGGGCUACUCAGAUUAAGCAACCCUUUCUCUUCCAGGUGUUGAACUUUUGUUGCUCAAUCUGAAUGAAUUUCAUGAUUGAAGAACUUAUUCUCAUGGACAUUGAACCAUCAUCCUCUGGAGGGUUAUCUUCCUGGAAUUCAGUUCAGUUCAUUUGCUUGUACAUGUCUUCUUUUGAAAAAUAUUGGCAGUAAAAAGCUUUUUAAAGGGCUACAAGAAUCUCUAGUAUUGUAGGAGGUAGGAGAUAUAGCUGUGUCAUUUUUCAUUUUUUCAAUCUGUCGUCUGUUUUGCCUCAUAAACAAUGGUUAUGCUAAAUGCUAGGGUUAGGAAUUUGAUGA